UUUUUUUUUUUUUUACAUAAACGUAAUGGCACUCCAUGUUAUACCUGGUGAAUUCUCAACAUUCACAAUUGCCAUUGCUAUUCUAAGUGGCUUUACUUUAUUCUUUGGAUAUGUGUCUAUGUUUGUAAAAGAAAGAUGUUUUUUAUCAGAAGCUUUCGUUGCCCUUAUUGUGGGUAUUAUUGCAGGACCAUUGGUAUCUAAUGGAUUUGAUCCACUUAGCUGGGCAGAUCAUGACGAGAUAACCAAAGAGUUAACAAGAUGUAUUUUAGCAAUCCAAGUCUUGGCCGUCGGUAUUGAAUUACCAAAAUACUAUAUGAAAAAAGAAUGGUUGACUAUGUUUAUGCUCUUGGUACCUACUAUGAUCUUUAUGUGGUUAAUUAGCGGAUUAUUCAUCUGGUGGAUGAUUCCACCUAUCAAUUAUUUAAACGCACUCGUCAUCGCAGCCUGUGUUUGUCCAACUGAUCCAAUCUUGGCCAACUCUGUUGUUAAAGGUCGCUUUGCCGAAAAGCAUGUACCAGCACAUAUUCGAAAUGCACUCUCUGCUGAAAGGUACACCAAGACUAUAGAUUACACCAUCAACAUAUACUUAUUUCUGUAUAGUGGAGCUAAUGACGGCAUGGGAUUCCCAUUUCUAUUUUUGGCAUUAUUCUUAAUUAGUGAAAAUAAUGUAGGUACUGCAAUUGGUAAAUGGAUCUAUAUCACUUGUCUCUUUCAAAUCGCCCUUUCUUGUAUUAUUGGGCUUGUCGUUGGCUAUAUCGCUAGAAAGAUUUUGCAAUGGUCAGAAAGAAAUCAUUUGAUCGAUAAACCAUCCUUUCUUUGCUUUGGUAUUGCUUUGGCUUUGUUCUUGAUGAGCAUGACGGGAUUCUCUGGAAGUGAUGAUCUAUUAGCAUGCUUUGUCGCAGGCAAUGCAUUCUCAUGGGAUGAUUGGUUCAGACAGGAAACAGAGGAAGCUCACUUUCAAGAGGUUAUUGAUAUGAUGCUCAAUUUAGCCGUAUUUGUGUACAUUGGUGCCAUCAUCCCUUGGUCCCAGUUUGGUAACUCUGCCAUAGGAUUAGCCCCUUGGCGUUUAGUUGUCAUUGCUAUCUUGAUCCUUGUCUUUAGACGACUCCCCAUUUUAAUUCUCCUAAAGCCUGUGAUGCCGUCGAUGAAGACAUACCGAGAAGCCGUAUUCAGUGGCUGGUUUGGUCCUAUGGGUGUUGGUGCCGUCUUUUUAUCGAUUGUUGCCAAAGAAGAAAUGACUGCAAUCUAUAGCGAGUCAGAGACACAGCCAGUGACAAUCGAAUUGAUCGGGCCCGUCGUGCUCUUUAUCGUCCUUUCAUCUACCCUUGUGCAUGGCACGACGAUUCCAUUAUUCAAGAUCGGUAACCGUAUUCGUACACGAACACUCUCGAUUGCCAGCACAGGCAGUGGUGGACAGGUGCUUCGAUUACCUAAGCUUCAGUUUGGUCAACAGAUCAGUUUUAGUCGACGAAGCGAGGAAAAUAUACAACAACAGGCUGAAAAUAAGGAAGCCAUGAGUCAAUUGAAGAGAAACACGCUGAGAAAUACAAAUCAACCUCAACCACCAGAGGCAUCACCUAAUAGCUAUGCUGUCCAGAUGCAAGAAGAAGAAGAUAAUUUGCCAGAAGAAGAUUUCUUACCUGACGAAUCUGAUGAGACAGAGGUAGGCACUGAUUCAGGUAGAACGAGCGAUCAGUCCAAGCCAAAGCAUAUACAACCUACAGGGACUGAACCACAAAGCAUUCGGUUCCUCGAACCUGUGAACCCAAGAAUGAGUACGUCGUACAAUACCAACAUUGAAAGAAACGAGGCAAGUGUAUCAAGUUUUAAGAGUUGGAUGAAUAGAAAUAAGCCUACAGAUCAUGCAGUACAAACCGAGGAAACAUCAUCAGCAGGAGGAGGAGGAGGAUUACGAAAUCUGUUCCGUAGAAAUAAGGAACCUGCUGAACGUAAAGCAAGUACCGAGUCACCGAUCAACGCGGAAGGAGGCAAUCAAAGAACAUUAGACACAUUAAAAGAAAUAUUUGAAACACAUCAUCCUCAUCUACUUCAUCAUCCACAUCAUCCUGAACAACGACGAAAGGUAGAUUUGGGUAUUGAUCACUUAAGUCCAGAGAUCGAAGUGUGGAAUGAAACGCAUCAUAUAAUAGUAGAAAAUAAGAAUGAUGCGGCAUCACAAAUUUGUAUUAGUAAAUCAGAACCAGAAUGGAUCAAUAAGUUGAAGGAUGCAAUCAAAGAGUUACAGUUAUCCAUUGAUCAAUCUACACAUGAAGAAUAAUAAUAUAUAAGCUUUGUAUUAUAUAAAUACACUUUAGAAAUAUGGAGAAGAGGAACAAUUGUACUUAAUAAACUACUUCUUCUUUAUCCCCUUUUGAUGAUCUAUUCUUUCUAUUUUUAAAUAGACAAUCUGCUAUUGAAUUAAAUGAGGCUUUGUUUUAAUGAAAUCUUUGCAUUUCAAUGGCAAAAAAAGGGAAAAAAUAGUCGGGGGAUCAUAUAAAUGGAGG